AUGGCAACACUCAUGAUGCUUCAGAGCCGUUUCUUUGGCUCCAAAAAAAGGGUCCAUGACAACAAAUUUAUUACGGUGACUGAAGUAAGUGAGAAUCAGGCACAACAGGACAAUUGCUUGGUGAUUGACCUUCAAAGGAAAAUUGAGGAGCGUCUUUUAAAUGAUGCCAAAGCCAGGGUAAUCUACCUUAACCUCAAUGAGGAGCCGCGCACAAUGCGCUCUGCAUACGAGAACAAGGUGGGGGCUUUGUUUGUGAAUGAUUCCAUUUCUGUCCAUCAUUUUACGGAUGCGAGGGGUCGUAUCACUCGCCGUCUCAUUUUCCUGUACCCAAUGUCAAAAUUGCGCCGUGGUGAAUUGCCAAAGGUCCAGCUGUUGAAAAAGUUGGAUAAGACGGUAAAGUCAGAGGAACCGUCAGGGUUGGAACUCGUGGACCUGCGUGACUUUGAAAGUCAUGAUCUGUGCUUGGAGGGGAUGGGCGCAAUGAACUUCUCCUACAACGGCGAGUUUGUCUACAUGGCGCUCUCAGAUCGGAGCAGCGAGAAGCUUCUUGAUGUUGUUUGCAGCCCCGAAAAUUUAAACAUUCCAAAAGAGAAGCGCUUUGUCUUCACUGCUGUACUCCCACGUUUCAGUGGUGAAAAUAAACGCUGCGUCGGUGAAGACGUUGUACAUCAUACCAACCUGAUUGGUUGGUGCGGAAAGGGCAUCUGUGCAUGGGGACUUAACUUUUUGCGUUUUUCCUCCGAGGAGAAAAAAGAAGCAUUCUUCGAGCACCUGGAGGCAACGUAUAAAAAAAUCAUUAACCUGAGCGCGGAAGAAAUUCGCGCAUUUGCCGGCAACGCAUGCGAAAUUGCACUGUCGAGCGAAGAAGAAGAGCGUCAUGUGCUUUGCAUCUCCAAUGAAGCUCUUAACUCCCUCCAUCACCGCAACUAUCAGAUCCUUGAGGAAUGGUAUGGGCGGGAGAAUAUUUUUGUCUUCUAUGCAGAGACGCUCGAGCGCCGAUCCGGUACCUCCAUUUCAAGUCUUAUCUCCUGCCCCGUCACUCACGGCGAAGUUCUUCCCGCCCCUGGAGAAGUGACUGCUUUGGAGGUGGCGCACGUCGACGAGAAGGUUAUUGCGAAUCUGUUGAACCGUUGA